GGGUGGGGGGGCGGCCCGGGCGGCGGCGGUGCCAUGGGGCCGGGGCGCGGGGCGGCGGCGGGCCGGGGGCCUCUGGGCGCCCUGGCGCUGCUCUGGGCGGCGGCGGUGCUGUGCCAGCUGGGCAGCGGCAGCGUCCUCCGCCGCCGCCUCCACGCCGCCGGUUUCCUCCAGCGGCGGCUGAGCGGCGGCGAGCGGCGGGACGUGCAGCGGGAGAUCCUGGCCGUGCUCGGGCUGCCCGGGCGGCCGCGCCCGCGGGCCCCCGCCGCCGCCCGCGCCCCCGCCGCCGCCGCUCCGCUUUUCAUGCUCGACCUGUACCACGCCGUGGCCGGCGAGGAGGAGGCGGAGGAGGAGGAGGCGGUGUCGCGGCCGGUGCUCACCGGGCUCAGCACCCAGAGCCCCCCGCCCGGCAGCGUCGUCAGCCGCGCCGACACCGUGGUCAGCCUCGUCAACAUGGUCGAGCAGGACCGGGAUACGUCCUCCCCGAAGCCGUACUGGAAGGAGUUCAGGUUCGACCUGACGCAGGUGCCCACGGGCGAGUCGGUGACGGCCGCUGAGUUUCGCAUCUACAAGGCGCGGGGUGCCACCCGCCACGCCAACAGCACCCUGCACAUCAGCAUCUACGAGAUCGCAGCCGAGCACUCCAACAGGGAGUCCGACUUGUUCCUGCUGGACACCCAGGACCUGCGCGCGGGGACCGAGGGCUGGCUGGUCUUUGAUGUCACGGCCGCCAGCAACCACUGGUUGGUGGAUCGGAAAUACAACCUGGGCCUGCGGCUCUACGUGGAGACGGAUGAUGGGCUCAGCGUUGACCCGGGCUCGGCCGGGCUGUUGGGGCGCCGGGGGCCCCGCUCCAAGCAGCCCUUCAUGGUGACAUUUUUCCGGGCGAGCAGCAGCCCCGUGCGAGUCACACGGGCAGCCAGGGCGCCCAGGAGGAGGCAGCCCAAGAAGACGAACGACCUCCCGCACCCCAACAAGCUGCCGGGGAUCUUUGAUGACGUCCACGCCGCAGACAGUCGCCAGGUCUGCCGGAGGCACGAGCUCUACGUCAGCUUCCAGGACUUGGGCUGGCUGGACUGGGUGAUCGCCCCGCAGGGGUACUCAGCCUACUACUGCGAGGGGGAGUGCGCCUUCCCGCUGGACUCCUGCAUGAACGCCACCAACCACGCCAUCCUGCAGUCCCUGGUCCACCUGAUGAAGCCCGAGGCCGUGCCCAAGGCGUGCUGCGCGCCCACCAAGCUCAGCGCCACCUCGGUCCUCUACUACGACAGCAACAACAACGUGAUCCUCAAGAAGCACCGCAACAUGGUGGUGAAGUCCUGCGGCUGCCACUGACCCGGCCCCGACACCUCCUGCGUGUGCGGGGGGCUCGCUCCCCGGGCUGGAUCGUAGCAGAGCCCAUCGGUAACAAUACUGACACCCCCCCACCUCCCUCCCCUCCCUUCCCCUUCCCAGACGUGGAUGUAAAUAAUAUAAAACGUUUAUUCUCUUCCCACACUUAAUGAGAGCCAUCCCUGCCAUACAUGCAUAUAUAGAAGUAUAUAUAUAUAUAUAUAGGAAAGAGGAUUUGUGGCUGGUGACGUGUCUGGCCCUGGCGGAUGUGUUUUCCUCGGGCGCUGCUGGCUCAGAGGCUGCUGCAGCCUCCGGUGCUGGUGGGGGCAGAUGGGGCUGGGGGGGCGAGGGCAGGGGAGGCAGCUCUGUGCCCGUGCACAUUCAGCUAACCCAGCUCUAACCAGCGCCUCCACGUCCCUAAAUGAAAACAGCGUCAGCCAACCCAGUAGCUGGCUGACUAACCCGCUCCUGUUUACUUAAAGUUCACAAAACUCAGCCAACGGGGGAAAAAAAAAUCCAUAUUGAGCUACGACACUGUUAUAAAAUAAACGCCUAGUCUGGAAAAUAAACACGUAGUUUCUCUU